AUGGCUUCUCCGUCGAGAGGCCGGCUACUCCAGCUGAUGCAGCUUCAAUGCUCGAUCUUCUCUACGACCUUCAACCCGAUGCACCAGCGUCUGGGCAAUAAAGUCCUACGCCAACGGUUAAAGGGCCCAGCAUUGGCCUCGUAUUACCCCAGACGAUCAGCCACUGUGGAAGACGUUUUGGACGAGUUCAAGAAAUUUGAUCUGGAGGGUUUCAAUGAAGAGGAGGACGAUAGACUGGAGAAUGUGGCCUUCGCCAAAUUAAGAGGAAAGGGUGCGCCCAAGAAGAAGAAGACAGCAGCAGGUACGGUCGUCAAACUCCCUAUCAGCCAGCAAGACACUAACACGGCCUGCAGAGAGUCGCCACAACAAGAAGAGGAGAUAACCUUCGCUGAAGAAGGUCUUGUAUUGCUCUAUCUCACCACCAAGAUACCCACCAUGAAUUUGAUAUACGCCCGGUCUGCGACUCUCGACCUCUUCCUAUCCCUGCUUGCCAGCAUUCAGUCGGUGAUCCCGAUCCUCGACCUCUGCGAGUUGCGAAGCUUUGUACAACUCCUUUCAGAGGCAUGUCUUGCCUGCGUGCAAAUGGUGGUGCUAUUCAGCUCAACCGGCCUACAUCGAUCCGUUCCACCGGCAACCGACCUCGGUGUUAUUGGGACUCGAGUUCGAGAUCGGCCAUGGUGCUCGAUACAUGUGUCUGGUAACCUACAGCCCUAUUUGGCGCCAUUAUAA